AUGGAUAUUGCUAAUCCAACUCCACAAGAUCUUCAAAGAAAAUUGUAUUUUUUGGUUGAACAACUUCAGCACAUGGCCGGAGAACUUCCACCAAAGUAUCAAAUGAGACUUCCCUAUGAAUUAUUAUCUGCUUUAGCAAAUUCCUUACUAAAUGAUACUAUCUUCGAAAUUGUCAAAGGUUUAAUGGAAAUACAGCAUGUUACAGAAAAGCAUCUUUUUCAACAAAGAUUGCAACUCCUAAAUCAACAGAAAAUCGAAGCUCAAGAAUCAUUGUCAAACAUAAUAACGGAUGAAGAAAGAGUAGUAAUAAAAGCUGCUUUAUAUAAAAAACACAAAGAAGAAUUAAAACAAACUGAUAUGAAACUAGUACUACAAUUGGACCAGAAAGUAUCGGAUCAACAAAGUAUAUUGGAAAAAGCUGGUGUACCUGGGUUUUAUGUAACUAAUAAUCCAAUUGAAAUUCAAGUACAAAUGAGGUUAUGUGAUUUUAUAAUAAGAUUAAGUAAAAUGGAAGUACCUAGUUAA